AUGAAAAUAUUGGGGAAUUACGUUCAGAAAAAGUUUACAAGGACGAAACAUAGGUUAGGUGUGAUUGAUCGAAGAUACAAAUUAUUUUCAAGUGGUAUUCCAUUGCUCUUGUUGAUGUCUCUAACCAUUAGCAUUGGUACAUUCUUAAUAGAUCUACAAUAUAAAAUUAGAAAUAAGCGAGAGGAAAACAUAAAUAUAAGAGAAAUUAAACUGAUAGAAGAAAAGAACAAAUUAAUGAAAAUAUUAAAAGACUACGACUGUAAUAAUUAUGAAAAUAUUCCUAUCAAGAGAGAAUAA